AUGCAAAUUCUUUCUACUAAUGAUAUCAAGAUCUACAAUUUAAGCGCAGGCAAGUCAGUCCCAGAGUGGAUUACAGAUCGAAAAAGGCGAAAACUGGAACAAAAAGAUAUAGAUUUGAGGAGAAGGAUACAACUGAUACAAGAUUUUGACAUGCCCGACAUCAGCAAUACUGUCACGGUAUCUCCUGAUGGACGCUAUAUAUUUGCUACGGGUACCUACAGACCUCUUCUUAAGUGUUUUGAUGUAAGUGAUCUGUCGCUGAAGUUUUCGCGCGGUCUCGACGCGGAUGUUGUGAAAAUGGCUGUUCUUAGUGAAGAUUAUUCCAAAUUCGUACUGUUGGAGGAAGAGCGAUAUGUCGAGGUACAUGUGGCUUAUGGAAGAUAUUUUAGGAUGAGGAUACCGAAAUUUGGUCAUGAUAUGGCUUUUUGUCAUGAAGUAAGUGACCUCUACAUUGUGGGGAAUGGCAGCGAAAUUUUCCGUCUAAAUUUGGAAGAGGGAAAGUUUUUGGCACCUCUAAUGACUUCUUCUUCGUCACUGACAUGCUGUGAGUUCAACAGAGAUCAUCAUUUGUUUAUUUGUGGGACAAAUGAUGGUCGAAUUGAAGCUUGGGACCACAGAGAUGCAGAUCGAUGUGCCAUUCUUGACUGUGCUUUACGUUUUCAAACAAAUAACAGCAAACUGCCGACAGUGACUUCGGUGUGCUUCAAAAAUGCGCUUCAUCUUGGAGUUUUACUAUUUGAUAUCCGGUCUAACAAACCUCUGCUCAUCAAGGAUCAUCAAACUAGUUUGCCAGUAAACAAAAUUGAUUUUGUGCCGGAGCACAAUCUUGUGUUAAGUAUGGAUAUGCGCUUACUGAAAAUAUGGGAAGGAACAGGUGGCAAACCGUUUGCAGCAAUCGAACCCGGGUCUAAUCUAAGCGACUUCUGUCGAUAUCCUGACUCUGGACUUUUAUUUUUUGCUAAUGAAGCUCCUAAAAUGUUGCAAUAUUUUGUUCCGGCUAUUGGUACUGCUCCUAAAUGGUGUUCAUAUCUUGAGACAGUCACGGAAGAAUUAGAAGAAACGGAACAGCCUACAGUGUAUGAUGAUUAUAAGUUUGUUACGAAAGAGCAACUUGAAGAAGUCGGUUUAUUACACCUCAUUGGAACUAGCCUUCUGCGUGCAUAUAUGCAUGGAUAUUUUAUUGAUACCCGAUUAUACAAUAAAGCGAAGACAUUUAUUCAACCAUUAGCAUAUGAAAAUUAUAAGCAGAGAAAGAUAAUGGAGAAAAUUGAUGAAGAACGUUCCUUGUCAACUGCAAACAGUAAACCAGGAAAGCCGAAAUUACCAGGCAUAAAUAAAGAACUGGCUUCAAAGUUGUUAGCUUUGACGGAGGGAAUGAAAAACGCAGAUGGAAGGAAAAAUAAAAAGAACAAGGAUGCGGCUUCCAUAUUGUCAGACAAACGCUUUGGCUCUCUGUUCACAAAUCCUGAUUUUCAAGUUGAUGAAAACAGCGAACAGUUUCAACUGCUUCUCACAGCUAUGAAAAAACUGGGGGGAGAACAACAAAAACUGUCAAAAAAAGAAGGUGGUAAUACAAACAGCAACAGCAACAAGAGUACAGAAGAUCUGGACAUCGAUGAAAGUACAAGCAGCGAUAGCAGCAGGAGUAAUGACGAAAGUCUUAUUGAAAUUGAUGAUGAGAGAUAUGAAAGAGGUGCAGCAGAAGAAUUAUCUAUGAUCAAUGAUAAUGAAAAUAGUGAUGAUGAUGAAAUGCAAUCAGCAAUGCUAAAGAAACCAAAAACUGUGAAGCCAAAAGGUUUCGACUUAAUUGAAUCAGAUAUCGAUGAAGACAUUGUACAAUGCUUAAAACAGAAGGUGGAAGCUGGGACGAUGGAUAUGAAACGCAGAGAUUUAUUAGAUAUUGGCGGAGAUGUUGGCGGAAGUGAACAAUGCGUACCAUUUGGUGGACUGCAAGUGACAUUUAAAAUGAAAACAUGUCGGUUGGCUGCAAAAAAGGAAUCUUUGGUAAAAAGAGAAAAGCAACAUUUAACAGAAAGGAAAGAAGUUAGACGAGGUGCAAGGGAAAUAACCAAAGUGUUGAAAAAACCUUCUGUGUGGGGAAAUUGUCGGCAGAAAAGACCCCUGAAAAAGGUGGUUUGA